AUGGCAUUCCCAAUUCCACACCUUAUCUCUUCACCAGCAUCUUCCUUUCUACCGUACAACCCUUUGUUAAAUCUCACUCCACUUUUGUUAAACCCUAAAAUUCCAUUCUCAACACCUACGCCGCCGCGUAUUAACGUUCUCCGCCAAUUUCGCCGCCGUAAGGAUACUUCACUUCUCCGAUGCUCGGCCUCGUCUUACCCGGAGAACAACAACGCUAACUCUCCUAAUCAAGAUGACGUAACGGAACUACCUCUGUUUCCUCUUCCGUUGGUUCUCUUCCCCGGAGCGAUUCUCCCUCUCCAGAUCUUCGAGUUUCGCUACCGUGUCAUGAUGCAUACGCUUCUCCAUACGGAUCUCCGAUUCGGUGUUAUCUACACCGAUGCCGUUACUGGAACGGCGGAAGUCGGUUGCGUUGGAGAAGUUAUAAAACAUGAGAGACUUGUCGAUGAUCGAUUCUUCUUGAUCUGUAAAGGUCAGGAGCGUUUCCGUGUCAAGAAAGUUGUUCGGACGAAACCCUACCUUGUGGCGAGUGUGGCGUGGUUGGAGGAUCGGCCUUCUCCGUCUGCUGACGUGGAUGUUGACGGUUUGGCGAACGAGGUGGAGACGUAUAUGAAAGAUGUUAUUCGGUUAUCGAAUCGGUUAGGUGGAAAAGCGGAGAAAGAGGUUGGUGAUUUGAGGAGGAACUUGUUUCCGACGCCGUUUUCGUUUUUUGUUGGAAGCACUUUUGAAGGCGCGCCUAGAGAGCAACAGGCUUUGUUGGAAUUGGAAGAUACUGCUGCGAGAUUGGCGAGGGAGAAAGAAACUUUGAAGAAUACGCUUAAUUACUUAUCUGCUGCUUCUGCUGUUAAAGAUGUGUUUCCAUCUUCUUCUUCAUCUUCUUCCUCUCCCUCUUGA